UUUAACAUCGAACAAUGAUCAAAAAGUUAGAGAAGAUCGAAAGUUUCAACGGUCGCAAAACAUGGAAGCUAUUUCACGCCACGGACUUCGACUCGCUGAUGUACCCUAAUUUCUGUAUCAGUCUCGCCCUUGGACUUUUCCCUUACAAGUGGGAAUCGACCAGAUACGUAUUAUCGAGAAAACGCUUCGUCUGUUCCGUGGCCACGAUUCCUAUUUUGGUUGGGCUCAUGCUAUUUCUAUUAUACGAAAUGAACUUUGGCAAUUUGUCGUACUCUGCACUAACCUCGAAAAUCGACACGAAUUUUGUUUUAAUCUUCUACGUUAUGGCGACAGUGGUGAUGCAGUGUUGUAGUCUUUCGAGGCUGCACGUUAUUAAAAAUCUCUUGGAAGCGUCCCAGAUAUUAUCACCCAAAGAUUUCAACGAUCUCGCUAAACUCUUUCACACGAAGGACAUUCUUGGCUUCCUAUUUUUAGCCAUUCACUUACCGAAUUGUUUCAAAGGGAAUGCCUACGUUACUGCGCGACAUCUCACUUUUUUAUAUUUAAUGAUAGUGAAUUUUUUGUUGGACAUGUCUUACAUGAAUUGUGUAUGCGUCCUGAAAGCUUGCUUCAAAAAAGUGAACGAAUGCCUCGAACAAUUGAAUAAAUCUUCAACGAAUGAUGUAUCUGUUUCGGAAAUACCAUGGGUGGAGAAAGCCCCAGGAAACAAACACAGGAAUACUCUGUUGCUGACGAAGUUGAAAAGUUUGUUGGAGAAACAUCUGCAGAUCAGUGACGUUGUUCAAUUGUUGAAUAAUACGUUUCUCGUAAAGAUUGUUACCUUGGUCAUCACGACGUUCAUCAUUGUCACAUUUAACUCGUACUUUGUUAUUCUUAGGAUGUACAGAAGUUUUGGUCAGCAUCUGCAGCCACAGUUUUGGUACAUACAAUUUCUUUCAAGCAUAUUGUACGAAAUGAGCAAAUUCAUGAUGUUAAUUUGGGCCUGUGAAACUGCGAAAAACGAAGCACUGAAAAUUGGUACUACCGUUCACGAUGCCCGCAGCAAUACUACUGAUACGUUGAUGAAACACGAGUUGGAGCUAUUUCCACUUCAAGUGCUGCAACGGGACAACACGUUCUCCGCGAGAGCAGUUACGAUGAACGCAGCGCUUCUUACGCAGAUUGCAGGAGAUAUAACCAUCAUCAAUAAACAGUAA